GAGUAUCUCGAGCGCUAUUGACAUUGAUAGCGCUCAGAAAUACCAACUACAGACUGAAGUUUACUGAAGGUUUGAGUUAAAAGGACAGUAAGAUGCUCCGCUUAAUCCAAAGGACCGCUUUCUCCCGCUUGGUGUCGCGAAAGCCGUCGGCGUCACCCACAGUUUCGUUACGCACGGCAGUCCCUGUCGUCGGUACCACCACGACAACAUUUCGUCGUGAACUGCACUUAUCGCCCCGUGAAGCAGAGCACUUGCAACUCCACCAAGUCGGUCGGCUGGCUCAAUACCGUCUCGCUCGAGGCGUUCGUUUAAACUACGUGGAAGCCGUCGCGCUUAUUAGCAUGCAAAUGAUGGAAAAGAUUCGGGACGGACAGGAUUCGGUUGCUGAUCUGAUGACGAUGGGACAGUCACUCAUCGGACGGAAUCAAGUAAUGCCGGGUGUCGCUAAAAUGAUUGGGCAAGUGCAAGUGGAAGCGACCUUUCUGGAUGGGACAAAGCUGUUGACGAUACACAACCCUGUCUCGGCGCAAGAUGGAAAUCUCGAACGGGCUCUGGACGGAUCCUUCCUACCCGUUCCCAAUCUCAGCAUCUUUACCAAGGGAACCGACGAGGAAGAAAAUCUUGUUCCCGGUCAAGUCAUGACGCAAGGGGAUCCCAUUACCAUCAACGCCAAUCGUGAGUUGAUUGAACUGUCCGUCACCAACACGGGCGAUCGCCCUAUUCAGGUUGGCUCGCACUAUGCCUUUGUUGAAACCAACAAGGCGUUGUCCUUCGACCGCUCCGCGUCCAUCGGUAAGCGCUUGAACGUACCGUCGGGAGCGUCUGUACGUUUCGAACCAGGCGAGCGCAAAACGGUCACCCUCUGCGCGCUCGGUGGAAUCCAACGGGUCGUUUCUGGCAAUCGACUCACAGACGGGGAUGCCCGAGACCCUGCCCGACACGCCGCUAUUCUCGAACGCGUCACGUCCCAAGGAUUUCAGCACGAACCCGUCGACCCGGCGGAUAUACCCAAGGGGCGUGCGUACGUCAUGGAGCGAUCGUCCUACGCCGACAUGUACGGCCCUACAGUCGGGGAUAGAAUCGCGCUCGGCGACACUGGCCUGGUCGUUCGUGUCGAACGGGACUAUACCGUCUACGGCGACGAAUGCAAAUUCGGCGGAGGCAAGACAUUACGGGAAGGAAUGGGACAGGCAACGGGACCAACAUCCGACGAUGCAUUGGAUGUGGUUAUUACCAAUGCUUUGAUUAUCGAUCCCUGUAUUGGUAUCGUUAAGGCCGAUGUGGGCAUAAAGGGUACUUCUAUAGUGGGUAUAGGCAAGGCCGGCAAUCCCGACAUGAUGGACGGAGUGACGCCCAAUAUGAUCGUGGGAAACACCACAGAUGUCAUUGCCGGCGAAAAGCUAAUUUUGACAGCCGGUGGCAUCGAUACACACGUUCAUUACAUUUGCCCCCAACAGAUUGAGGAAGCGAUUUCGAGUGGGGUGACGACCAUGUUUGGAGGGGGCACUGGACCGUCUGCCGGAUCGAAUGCUACAACCUGCACUCCGGCUCCGAGUCAAGUUGAAAUAAUGCUCAAAGCGACCGAUAAAUACCCUUUGAAUUUUGGAUUUUCCGGCAAGGGGAACACGAGCGAUACAAAAGCUUUAGAGAACGUACUCAAGGCUGGCGCGGCAGGGUUCAAACUUCACGAAGAUUGGGGCACCACUCCGAGUUCUAUUGACGCCGCCUUAGACUUUGCCGACGAGCACGAUGUGGCGAUCACAAUCCAUUCCGAUACACUCAACGAGUCCGGCUUUGUGGAUGAUUCCAUCGCAGCCAUGAAAGGCCGCACUAUCCAUACGUAUCAUACUGAAGGGGCCGGUGGUGGUCACGCUCCGGACAUUAUCAAAAUUGUCGGCGAAAACCACGUGUUGCCGAGUUCCACGAAUCCGACGCGUCCGUUUACUGUGAACACGAUUGACGAACAUCUUGACAUGCUCAUGGUAUGCCAUCACCUCGACAGUAGCAUUCCGGAAGAUGUGGCGUUUGCGGAAUCUCGCAUUCGUGCCGAAACAAUCGCUGCCGAAGACAUUUUACACGAUACCGGUGCAAUCAGUAUGAUCUCGUCCGAUAGUCAAGCCAUGGGCCGAGUCGGCGAGGUCAUUACUCGCACCUGGCAAACAGCCGACAAGAUGAAAGCUCAGCGUGGCGCGCUACCAGAAGAUUCUGCUGGCGACGACAAUGUACGCGUCAAGCGAUACAUAGCGAAGUAUACAAUUAAUCCAGCGAUAACCCAUGGGAUGAGUCAUAUGAUCGGCUCCAUCGAAGUGGGUAAGAUGGCUGAUCUAGUCUUGUGGAAGCCCUGUAUGUUUGGUGCCAAACCGGAAAUGAUCGUCAAGGGCGGAACUAUCGCGUACGCCCAAAUGGGGGAUCCCAAUGCCUCUAUACCAACGCCGCAGCCCGUCAAGAUGCGCCCCAUGUUCGGUAACACAUCAGCCGGUAUGAAUUCGGUUGUUUUUGUAUCACAGGCCGCCAUUCAUGCUGACACUGCCGGCAAAUUGGGUUUGCAGAAAGCCGCAGCGGGCGUCGUGCGGUGCCGGGCGGUAACGAAGAAAGACAUGGUCUGGAACGAUCAUACACCAAACAUCACUGUAAAUCCCGAAACCUUCGAGGUGGUAGUAGACGGGGAAUUGCUGCGCUGUGAUCCGAUUGACAAGGUUUCUUUGGGACAACGUUUUUUCCUUUUUUAAAGCAAGGCAAAUGUGGCUCUGGAGAAGGACGGAUCAGCCUACAAAAAUCGAACUUACAAUUUAACGCGCCGCCGCAAUCAUGCUCCGGUUCUGCAUCAACACAAUACACUUACGAGUUCCAACUAACCAUAAGAAAUACCUUAUUAAUGUAACACA